UCUUUGGCAGCGAAGUAGCCUUACAAAAAAACUCGUUCACGCCAUUUUGAGAGAACGCGUUGGGCUGCAGCCUGCGGGCAGAGCGACCGAGCCUUCCGAAGCUAUGCCAAUUACUUAGUCUUUCUUUUAAAAAAUACGUUAUAUUUUGUCCGUAAAUCCUGUUCCUAUUCCAUUCUCUAUCUAGAUUACUCUUCCAGCCAUGUCCACCGAAGGAGCAGCCGAUCAGGCGGCAGCAGAGUAUAUCCCAGAGAAGGUGAAGAAGGCAGAAAAGAAGUUGGAAGAAAACCCAUAUGACCUUGACGCAUGGAGCAUUCUGAUUCGAGAAGCACAGAACCAACCUAUAGAUAAAGCCAGGAAGACAUAUGAGCGACUUGUCACACAGUUCCCAAGUUCUGGCAGAUUCUGGAAACUAUUCAUUGAAGCGGAGAUCAAGGCUAAAAACUAUGACAAAGUAGAGAAGUUGUUUCAGAGAUGCCUAAUGAAAGUCUUGCACAUUGACCUGUGGAAAUGCUACCUCUCAUACGUCCGAGAGACCAAAGGGAAGCUGCCCAGCUACAAAGAGAAGAUGGCCCAGGCAUAUGACUUUGCCCUGGAUAAAAUUGGCAUGGAAAUCAUGUCUUACCAGAUUUGGGUGGACUAUAUAAACUUCCUCAAAGGAGUUGAGGCCGUAGGCUCAUAUGCAGAAAAACCAACGAAUCACUGCAGGUGCGGGAGGGUGUACCAGAGGGGAUGUGUGAAUCCUAUGAUCAACAUCGAGCAGCUUUGGAGAGACUAUAGCAAGUAUGAAGAGGGUAUCAAUGUGCACUUGGCCAAGAAGAUGAUUGAGGAUCGCAGCAGAGACUACAUGAAUGCCAGGAGAGUGGCCAAGGAGUAUGAGACUGUGAUGAAGGGGUUGGACAGGAAUGCGCCGUCAGUCCCCCCACAGAAUUCCCCCCAGGAAGCUCAACAAGUGGAGAUGUGGAAGAAGUACAUCCAGUGGGAGAAAAGCAACCCCUUGCGUACAGAGGAUCAAACUCUUAUCACAAAGAGAGUUAUGUUUGCCUAUGAGCAGUGCCUGCUGGUGCUGGGCCACCAUCCUGACGUGUGGUAUGAAGCAGCACAGUACCUGGAGCAGUCUAGCAAACUGCUGGCCGAGAAAGGGGACAUGAACAAUGCCAAGCUGUUUAGUGAUGAAGCAGCUAACAUCUACGAACGCGCCAUUGGGACUCUACUGAAGAAGAACAUGCUGCUGUACUUCUCCUUUGCUGACUAUGAAGAGAGUCGUAUGAAACAUGAGAAAGUCCACAGCAUCUAUAAUCGGCUGCUGGCUAUUGAGGACAUUGACCCCACGCUGGUCUACAUCCAGUACAUGAAGUUUGCUAGGAGGGCGGAGGGCAUCAAGUCAGGACGCACCAUCUUCAAAAAGGCCAGAGAAGACCCACGCACACGUCACCAUGUGUAUGUAACUGCAGCACUGAUGGAGUACUACUGCAGCAAGGACAAGUCUGUGGCCUUCAAGAUAUUUGAACUUGGUUUGAAGAAAUAUGGUGACAUUCCAGAGUACAUACUUGCAUACAUCGAUUACCUCUCACACCUUAAUGAGGAUAACAAUACCAGGGUUCUGUUUGAGCGUGUCCUCACCUCAGGGAGCUUGUCGCCAGAAAAAUCUGGAGAGAUCUGGGCUCGGUUCUUGGCCUUUGAGAGUAACAUAGGAGACUUGGCCAGUAUUCUGAAAGUAGAGCGCAGGCGCUUCACAGCCUUCAAGGAUGAGUAUGAGGGCAAAGAGACAGCCUUACUUGUGGACAGGUACAAGUUCAUGGACCUGUACCCCUGUUCCACCAGCGAGCUCAAAGCCCUUGGAUACAAGGACGUGUCUCGUGCCAAACUGGCAGCACUGCUCCCAGAGACUGUGGUGACACCGUCUGUGCCCACACUGAAGGACGAAGCCGAUCGUAAACCUGAGUACCCAAAACCAGACACCAACCAGAUGAUCCCCUUCCAGCCACGUCACCUUGCCCCUCCAGGUCUGCACCCUGUCCCAGGUGGAGUCUUCCCAGUCCCCCCAGCUGCUGUUGUCCUCAUGAAGCUGCUUCCACCGCCCACGUGCUUCACUGGUCCCUUUGUUCAAGUGGAUGAGCUCAUGGAAACUUUCAGGAGAUGCACACUUCCUGAGACUGUGGAUGCUGCUAUAGAGCUGAUCACAGGUAGACUGCCAGACACAGGUGGGGAGGGCAAUGGAUCCAUGGAGAACCAUGCUGUUGCCAAGUCGCUCAAAAGGCCUAAUGCAGACUCUGAUGAAGAGGAUGACAAAGGAACUGUAGCUCCACCCAUACAUGACAUCUACCGUGCACGUCAGCAGAAGAGGAUUCGAUAAGCUCAAUGAAACCACCAAGUAAAUCCUGCUGCAAUGUAAUCCUCACGGGCGAUUAUACAGAGUAAACUUUCAUGUCCACAUUUCUGUACGUGCAUCUGACAGAUUUUACUUCUGUUGAUUUAUGUACAAACAAGCACGCAUAUGUAUACACACACCCAAACAUACAUACAUACAUACAUACAUACAUACAUAUGCACACUUGUGUGUUUUUGUGGCUUUGUUUUUUAACAGUUUUUAUUUUUAAAAACUGAACAAUAUACUGUACAAAGUUUUUAAUUCAACAUUGAUUUUGGCACACAGCUUGAGUUUGGCCUUGUGAUGUUCCAGUGAUCUCAAAGUGGGAAUCAUUUUUUUUUUCUAGGUAAAUGGAAAAAACACAUUUCCUUACAAUAAAGUGGUAAAGAAUCCAAGCA